GCUAAAUGACGACAUUGAUCUGAAAUUUAUCUGAUUCCAAAAAAGGAACCUGCCUCUUGACACUUUUUGGUCUCGGCGUCAUUUAAGCUUCGUGUUCUAACGCUUAAACAGUGUUUAAUCCAGAACAUCCGUGAAAAUCAACAAAGAUCCAGGAUCCAACUCCGUGCAGUCACUAAAAAAACCCUGAAAUUCAAGCACACAGAACAUUGAGUCGGUAAACCGGGGAGAUCAAGUGACGGAUCAUGAUCUGAUAAUUAGGAUCUUUGCUCAGUUCCAGAGUAAGUCACCAUUCAUCACCAUGAAGGCCACAUCUUGGACAAGAAAGGGUUUCCACGCCAUCUUCCUCUUUCUGACGGUCCUUGCCUUGAUCUUUGUGCUACGUCACAUGGAAGUGAAACGCUUGCAAUAUCAGCCUCAAGUCAACUCCACCAUCAUCAUGCCGAGAGUCUCCCCUCAUCAUAUCGUUAAUCGCAGCUUCUGCACCUUCCAGCCGCUGUCCCCCCAGGACGCUUUGGAGGAACGUCUCAUACUAGACUCCAUUGCUUGGCCUGAAACUCCACUUUUGCCAUCUCCUAUUUUCUUGGAGAAGACCACUGAUCCAGCCCACAGCACCUUCACCAUUCUCCCAGGGAGGAAAGGGGGGCAGUGGCAUGUAGGGGACCAGCUGGAGGUUAUGAUACAAACCUUUGACUUCCAGGGUCGUCCCAAGAAGUCUGGGGGUGACUUCAUACUCGCCACUCUGCAAAGCCGGAAGCUUGAAGCAGGUGUGGCCGGGCAAGUUGUGGAUCAUCAGAAUGGGAGCUACUCUGCUGUGUUCUCUUUACUCUGGGAAGGAGAGUAAAGCUCAGGCUCUCUCUCUGAAACCACCAUCUGUAACGUCUGCCUCCGGCCAACCCAACAGCCGGUGUGUAACUACACUGACCUCUAUUCAGGUGAUCCUUGGUUCUGCUACAAGCCAAAGAAACUGAGCUGUGAAACCAGGAUCAACCACUUCAAGGGAGGAUUCAAACAAAACCUCAAGGCCAAGGAGGAAAAGCUCUUUCAGAGUGGUGUGAACAUGAAAGUAGCCAUUCAGGCUACAGGAUCUUCCAUUGCCACUGUGUUGUCGAAAAAGGAAGGUCAACUGAAGAUGAAGAGGAGUUCGAGGACCAUUGCACCAUCUGGUUAUUACUACCAGGGCGUUUGGCGAGCACUAGGAGGCACCACAGUAUCUCAAUUCAACCGGUCUGCAAUCACCCAGUGUCUGAAAGGCAAAGUCGUCCACAUGUAUGGAGACUCCACAAUCAGGCAGUGGUUCGAAUUCCUCAACGUAGCUCUACCAGGUCUUAAGGAGUUUGAUUUACACAGCCGGAGACAAGUUGGACCUUUUCUGUCCUUAGACUAUGAAAACAACAUCUUGGUGACAUACCGCUGCCAUGGUCCUCCUAUCCGCUUUGGCCUCAUCCCAACUAGAGAGCUUCGUUACAUUGCUAAUGAGAUAGACGACUUGAUCGGAGGCCCCAACACUGUCAUAGUCGUUGGCAUCUGGUCUCACCUCGGCACUUACCCCAUUGAGAUCUACAUCAGGAGACUACAGAGCAUCCGUAGGGCGGUGGUGCAGCUGCUGGACAGGGCUCCAGGCACGCUGGUCAUCAUACGGACAGCAAAUGUCAAAGCUUUGACACUUUAUGAGACAAUUACCAACAGCGACUGGUAUUCACUGCAGCGUGAUAAGGUGCUCAGAGCAAUGUUCAAAGGACUGAAAGUUCAUCUGAUUGAUGCCUGGGAAAUGACCCUGGCCCACCACCUGCCGCAUAACCUCCACCCACUACCUCCCAUUAUUAAGAAUAUGAUAGACCAUCUAUUGUCCUAUAUAUGUCCUCAUAAGGGCGGCUAGGUGUAUGUCCUGGGGGGAGAGGAAUGUUUAUUUGUUUUCUGAGUUUCAACCAACUGCUUAAUUGUUCCUUCAUACUCAGAUAAGACUAACAAUACAUUUGUUUAAAAAUUUGACUUUCGAGAUGGUUUGUGUUUGAAAAAUUGAAAUACGGUUUAGUGUGAGUGGAUAGAUGGUCUGUGAGCUCUUGAACUGAGACAUGGUGUUCCUGUAAUAAACAGAUGUUCAGGAUGA